AUGGAGUCGACUACCGUGCUAAUUGCAGGCGCUGGGCCAAGUGGGCUUGUGCUGGGCGCCCUGCUUGCUCGAAUGAACAUGAAGGUCGUCAUUCUGGAAAAAGACCAAGAAGUCUGCGAAGACCCGCGCGGCAUCGUAGUCAACGGCGAUGCAGUGCGAAUCUCCUAUCAAGUCGGCAUCGGCGAGGGUUUGACGAAGAAGAUCGGACACCAUCGAUCUAUAACGACAGAUAUUGGUGCACUCAAUUUCCACCGUGGAAGCUUCCGACAGCGCCCUUUCAUGAUCUUCGACCUGAUGACAGACUGGGCGGAGCAUGCCGUGUCGCAAAACAUUACCCAGUUCCAGCCCAACUACGAAAGAGAGAUCCGCGAACUCCUCCCAAGUUUCCCCAAUUGCGAGCUUCGAACCGGAUGCGAGGUGGUCUCCCGAGAGGAAGAAGAUGGCAUCAUGACCGUGGGGUAUGUGACGUCCACGGGAGAGCGCAAGACUAUCCAAACACGGUGGCUGGUGGGCGCCGACGGGAAGAGAGGCGUGGUGAGGAAAAAGUUCUUAGAACCUGAAGGGAUCAAACAGGUCGAUGGCGUGUGGCCAUACGUUGGUACUUGGGUGGCGAUCAAUCUGCAAGUUGAUCUUCCUACUCCUGAGAAACAUCCAGAGUUUCCUCUGUGGAAGCUUGGAUACACACCUGAGCAAGUACACGAGGAGUUUUGGCCCAAAGGCUUCCACUUCUGCAACGACUCUCAAAGACCCGCCGUAAGCGGACGGUUUGGACCCAAGGGUGCUCGAUUCUGGAGACACGAGUACUAUAUAACGCCAGAAGAAGAAUCCGAUGACGCGUUGGAAAGAUUUUGGAAGCAAUUCAGUCCCUGGAUGGUGAUUCCUGGCAAGAAAUUCUCCUCAAAGUUGAAAGGCACCACCGUGGAGUAUCCUCGAGAUUGCAUACACGUCUUACGAUGUCGACCAUUCAAAUUCGCAACCAAAGUGGUGAAUCGAUGGUACAACCGCAAUACAAUGCUGAUCGGCGACGCAGCCCACGUCUUCCCUCCCUUCGGCGGACAAGGCAUCGCAACGGGUAUUCGCGACGCACAGGCUCUCAGCUGGCGUUUAGCCAUGAUGUCCCACCUCAACGUCUCCCCACAAGUGCAGACCAAGCUUCUGAGUGGAUGGAGCCAGGAGCGUCGGCAUGCCUGGGAGGCAGCCACGAUGUCCACAAAACUAAACGGAAGCAUCGUCAACCUCACCUCAUUCUGGUGGGGUCUCGUCUACCGAACCUGCAUGCGCGUCCUUUGGUGGCUCCCGGGGGUUGCCAAGUGGAGGACGAGACGCGCAUUCCGCGAUAAACUGGUAUACAACGAGAACAAUUGCCCAGACGGGUUCUUCUUGCAAUCUGCAGGCGGCGGGAGAAAGGUUGCCCAGGUUUGGUGUCGGGGUUCCGACGACGAGCGGCCUGUUCUCUCUGACGAUGCCAUCUUGCGGGACCUCUCGCAUUUGUCGCUGUUAGUUUUGGUGAAACGCCCGGGUGAUUUUGACCCGCUUGCAGUCCGGGCAGUAUUGAAGGAGGUAGAUUUGCCGGAAGCCCUCAUUUCAACCCAAGAUGUCAGUUAUCUGGAUAUCAGUGCCGAUAGAGGAAGUACGCGGGAUAGCAAAGCCUCUUUUGUCUAUUAUCCGUGCUCAUCCGCGGAGCUGGAUAGCCACAACGUCACACGCCUGCAGGGAUACAACCGGAACGCCAUCCAAGAAAGGUUGCAUUCAUCGACAAAAUACGUGCUGCUCCGACCAGAUUUCUUCAUCCACUCGGUGGCGCGUGACGUGGGGGAACUCCGACAGAAUCUCAAGUCUGUGCAGAACUACUUUUCUGACGCGAAACCGGAAAUAGUACAGUGA